GUUUCUUUUGAUUGGCGUAUGAGGUAAUGUUUGACUUCUCGAAUAAUUUUCAGGCCACAGACACGGACAUGCAAAUUUAAUUCUGGGGAGAUAACUUUUCGCAGACUAAGCUCGAGACGAGACCUUUUUUAUGAGACCUAUUUUAGAAAGUUUAUGCUUCCAAGUCGUUUGUUUUCCCUGAGAAUUAGAGGACUGGGUUCUAGAUACCUGUGCUCAUCCAACAUGGCGAAUUUGAAGGGUAGUGCUCUGGUUAUUUUGGCCGAAGGUGCAGAAGAAAUGGAAGCUGUCAUUACUGCGGAUGUUCUCCGACGCGGAAAAGUGAGCCAUCGAGCUUUGAAUUUGUUGGUUUAUUUAAACCAUUUUGGCGACAAUUUCGAAAAUUCCCGGGCUAAGGGAUCCUAGGGUGAGGCUGGGAGGUAGUGAUUUAUAGAACUGUUAAGUGAAGCAACGAUUCCGAUAUUGUUGCAUUUGCAGCUGUUAUGACAGAAGUAUAAGAACUGAAGAAGAGGCUAGUUCGUUAUUAAAUUAGACUUUUUGAAGUCAAAUUUUUAUGUGACAACUACCACACCUCUAGUUGAGACACUUUCCCAGAGCAACGUCCAAGGUGUUAAUUUACCCCUCUCCCCCUUCCAACUUUGUUAAUUACCAAUGUGUCUAUGCCAUCUUGCAGGCCAACAUUAAGAGAGGCUGAGGAGGUAGUAGGUGUCCUAACAAAUGUGUCUGGGUGUGUAGCUUGGGAACUUCAGAAGUAACCAAAUCUCUGGUGUUAACAGCAAGUUCUGUAUGGUUUUCCAAAUCCUUUUUCAGACCACCAGGCCUCUCAAGUUUGUACCCUUUGUCAGACCAUUAGGACAGUGUAGUUGUCAAGAAUUUGUUGAAUUUGCCCUUAUGUUCAGCACAGAUACAAGAACCAUACAUGUAAAAACAUAGUUGUUGUGACAAAUCUUUCUCUAUUAAUACGUACUAGUUAAUAUCCAAAACUUGUUCCUCAUGCCCAAUAAAGCAGCUUCAACAGUUUAAGUAGAAACUGAUAGCCUUGACUAUAAGCCUCACCCACAUAUGUUAUUUACAUCUUAGCUUCCCUUGCUGUUUUCUGGAAAUGUGAGACAGUGAAUACAGAGUUAAUUUAAAAUUAUAAUGUUUUUACUGUUUGAUUUAUGUCCAGCAGAGGUGAGGUGAAGAUUACUUUAAGAACCCAAAGUUUUAUUAAAAAUCAAUUGUUUGAUGACAUGAAAAACAGAAUGAAAGCAGCACUUAGUUGUUUCUCAAAGUCCUCUUUGAGAAGAAAUGAAGUUACACAAUUUAUAUUGGAAAAAACAAUGUCUUAUGCAGGUUAAAACAGUAAUUGGAGGUCUGACCGGUGCAGAUUCAGUUGUUUGCAGUCGCUCUGUGGUUGUUAAACCAGACAUGAGUCUGGAGGAUGCAGUUAAACAGGUAUAAAUGUUAGCUUUAAUGUUUUUGUAAGUUGUUAUUGUCAUUGUAUUGGGAUAACUUUGCAAGAGAUCAAAUGAAAAGAGAAAUGAAAGAAAUUAGGAAAAGCUAUCUGAACCCUCAGUAGGUAGGCAGGGUACUAAUAUUAAGACAUGGUUUGAUGCUUCUCUGGUUUAAAGAUUUAGUAACCGAGAAGUUACAAUUCAUAGACCCAACAUUUCAACACUCCUGUCUAGUGCCUUCAUCAGGGGUGAUCUGACGCUAUUUAUUCUAUUCCUUGCAAUGACUGUGAUCAUGGUACGUUUGAGAGAGCAUCAAAAAGCGGUCUUCUUUUGCAGAAAAAUGAAAAUUCAGCUUUGUUGGAGUACACAUAUCAAACCAACCAUACAAUUGGGUGGGAUAGGUCUAUAGUUAUCACCACUAAUUGACGUUUCCACCAGCACCUUUGCUUGGAAGCCUGGCAUAUCAACUCCAACCAUGCUCUGUUAAAUCAUGAUGAUGGUGGCUCACUACCUGACACCUAUUUACACCUUGUCAGAGCUUAUAAAAGGACCUCUUGUUGCAGCAAUUAGAUGACCCCUUAUGAAGGCACUAGAGAGGAGUGUCGAAACAUUGGGUCUAUGAAUUGUAACUUCUUGGUUACAUUCAUCAAAUCUUUAAACUGUAGUGGCAUCAAAUUUUGUCUGAUUAUCCACCUGGUUGCCAUGUGAAAUUUAAUAUAUCGAACCAAUAAUUGUUGUACAGCCUUCUUAUCCAUAGGUUGUCUGAGAACUUUGAAGGAAGAAGCUUUUUAUUUGAAGGGGCUGGAUGGCUGGUUUACCAUCUGUUACUUAUAAAUUAGGAAAACUAACAGUUAGGAGAAUGCAGCCAAGCCACAAAGUACACAGUUAAUUUCACCAGCUGCCAGUUAUUUUUUGCAACAUUUUCCAACCUUGUAUAUCAAGAGUUUUUUGAUACUCUCACUAGAUUUUGCUCCUCAAAUGAUAUAAGAUGUAAUUCACUGAAUGUGACAACUGAUCAUCAGUCAACAUAGAGACUUGCAAUGGCCUAACCAGUGUUUUGCUAACCUAUAUUGUAUUAACCCUGUUAGGGUCCAUUUGAUGCUGUAAUUCUGCCUGGAGGACUAGGAGGAUCUAACAAUCUGGCAAAGGUACUCAUACAUUCAUCUCUUUAGUAUUGCAUAUACAGAAUGUUUAAAUGAUAGUUAUCUCCUUUAUUCUUGUCAUGAUCAAAUGAUAUUGAAGUUUAUAGCCAUUGCAACAGAUUGAUACUGAUACUUUAAUGAAGAAAUGUAAAAUGGUUUCCGUGUUUACAUAGCUUGAUGUAAACACGCAGGAGGUUGGGAGAACACGAGAUAAGCGUAGGAAACCACAACGCGAAGCUGAGUGUUUUCCAGCUUAUCGAGUGUUCUCUCAACCUCCCAAGUGUUUACAUCUGGCUAUGUAAACACAGAAACCAUUUUACAUUUCUUUUAUAAAAUAACUAAUGAAAGAGGAAUGAAAACCGUGUUUACAUAUGCUCAUGUAAAAUGGUUUUAUAUGCCAAUCAGAGCACACAUACUAUUUGAAUUAUUUUAUGAUGUUAUAUAAUAGUCCAUACAUUUGAUGUAAAAUCAGGGUCAUUCCUGUCCUUCAGAGUGUAACAUGUUGGAAUACAAACAUUUAUGAAAAAAUAUAUUGAGCAAUAAAUUGGACUAUGUGUUGACCACACUAUGGGAAGUAACAGGAUUUAUAUUUUACCUAAUACUUUGAGUAUUUGUAAAAGAAUAAAUGCUUAGUGAAGUGAUCAUUUUCAGACAUUUCUUGGCCUUCAAUUAAUUAUUUCAAGAAUCAUGAUUUGAAUGAAAGCAGCUAUAGCUGUGUACAGUUUUUGAUUCUGGAGGUUGUCCUGUUCAGGAGGAAAACUGAAUAAGCAAGAAGCAUCCUUUCUCUAAUGGGCCCUGGCUCCCCUAAAUAAACACCCACCCCCUAGGCCAUAAUUUCUCACAAGAGCCCCCUCAAAUGACCACCCUCUGCUCCUCCCUUACUUUUUGAAAUAGUAAGGAUACAAGGAAAACCUGUUUCUAUUGCCAAUUUAUUUAUAACUUUUUAACCUUUAAUACAGCAGAGUCAGUGGAGAAGAAUGGUUUUAUUUCUGUUCCAGUCAUUUCUAUCUCCAUGUGCUUGUAGAGUUUCCUUAUUUGGGUUAUUAGUUCUUGUGAUUUUUGUCCUAUCACUGUGCUAGCUAAAUAAGCACCUGCUUGAUUUAGAGCCCUCCUAUAGAAAUAUGGUAUUUUCACCUGUUAGGUGUUUGGUUGGUUGUGUUAAAUCACAUUUAGAUACUUUCAAUUUGAUCAAUAUUACUUGGAUUACAUAUUAAACAGCAUUUGUAUAGCUUAGAGGGAAUAACCCCCCACUUGAGUGCCAUGCAUAUACACUGUAAUUAUCAGGUGAUGAUGAUCUUGUUUGGUAGUCUUCUAAAGUUAAAGAAAUCCUUCAAGAUCAGGAACAAAGUGGAAGAAUUAUUGGAGCCAUAUGUGCAGGUAAUUUUUAUCAAAACAAUCAACAGGAUGGGUAUAAACAGGAACCCAUUACCUGGAGCCACCAUACCAAUUGUACCCUUGAGUCAACCCUGUCCUGUAUCUUUUUAUUUUUAGAGCUGAGAUACAUGGGGGGGUGCUUUAAUUUCCUGCGAAAACAUGCUGAUGUUCGCACUACACCCUAAAAAAAUGAUUGGCUAGUAUGUAAACACCCAUGAAAAACCCCAUGGGAGGUGCUUCUAAAAAUAAAAAGAUAUGGGAUGGGGUUGACUCAGAAGGUAAGUAUGGAAGAUGGAAGCUCCUGGAUAAUGGGCUCCUGGUAUAAAUAAAUGCAUAAACAUGGCUUACUACCCCAAAAAUAUGUAAAUCAAGAAAUUUAAAAGAACUUUUCACUUUUCUGUGUGAGUAAAGAUGCUAUGGCCUAAAUUGGUUACUGGCAGCACUGCAAUGCUACUUUCUCUUCUUUCCCCCCCCCUUCCAUCCAAGGUACAGCAAACUGCCUCUUGGGAAAGGCAAACAAAAUGUCAGGGGGAGCAGCUUGAAAUAGAUUAGGAGUAGCCGUACUCCUUGUCACCUCAUGCCACAGAAACUAGGACAAACUCCAGCUUCUUGAGGGCCAUCAGAGUCUUAAGCAGACUUAACCUUUUUUUUUGUUUACCCCCCCCCCACCCCUUCCAAAAUAAGUAAUCUCAGACAAUUAAAAAAGUAUGUGGAGUAAAAACUCCAGGUAAACUAUGUUGUAUUUGCCUCUUCAGCUCCAACAGCUCUUCAUGCCCAUGGAAUUGGAAAAGGGAAGACUGUAACAUCACAUCCAUCUGUGAAAGAUAAAUUGGACGGUAAAUAAUUCAUUUAUUAGUGCUAGUUACUAGUAAUAUGCAAUGUAUACCAGGUUAUGUAUAAAAGUGCAGCUGGUGUUUUUCAAUUUAAGACAAGGAAAAAAUUAAAAUACAACAUGUGCACACGUAAUCAUAAGUCUUGUUAUUCAGGUAUGAAAAACUCACUUGUAACUUCUCAGUUGGUUUUCCACACUGUUAAAAAUGACUAAUGAAGUCGUCAUUUGAUUUGUCAGGUUAUAGCUACUCUGAAGACCGGGUGGUCAGAGAUGGAAACUUGGUAACUAGUAGAGGACCAGGAACAGCCUUUGAGUUCGGCAUUGAACUUGUCCGUGCAGUGCGAGGUGAUGAUGGUGUAGCUGAAAAACUGGCAGGCCCCAUGCUGAUUAAGUAGUGUAACUACUGAGUCCCUUGGAAGAAAUAAUUGUGUUUUGCGUAAGGCUUGAUUUCAAUGUUGUGGAUUAAUUAAUUUCGAAAUUUAUAAGUUAUCAAGUAUUCCCUCUUUACUGUAACUCUUGGAAAUAUCACAACAAUGACAGGGGUUGCCGGCGGCUUAUUGCUGCUUAUGAGACCUAUUACCGCCGUAAUGUUAACCUACGAGCAAUUUUGUGACUUUCAUGCCGGGGUAACUAAAACAUCUAACUGCUGAUUAAUGAUUAUCAAAUAGGUAGAUCACGAACCGUGGGAGAAACAAUAAAGAGAUGUGACUGAAGUUUGGUUUUGCACCGUAUUAUUUGAGAGAUUUUUGUCAUUAAUUGUUAUUUUUACGAAAGCAGAGACCUCUCAUUUCAUUAUUUUUGGACUGAUGAAUAAAAGAGUUAUGAACCUGGAGAGUUAUUUAGGGUGCACCUCUUUCCAUCUACAUUAUGAAUAGUUUGUGCAAAAAAAGUGUUAUGUGUCACAAUUAACAAGGAUUUUUUUUAAUAUUAAAAAAUGUAUAGCUGUUUUGGCAGGGCGAAAAUGUGGCCGUUAUAACCAGAUGGCCAAAAGGCGGGUUUCCUCUGUAGGUGAAACAUCUUGAAAAAUCAAAAUCCCUUUAUAUUUUGUCAGAGUAUACAGUCUACCUUUUAGCAGCUCAAAAAAACGUGGUAGGAUUUUUUUUCCUUGUACUAUUUUAAAUAUUAUUAACCGCAAAACUUAGAAACGUCACAAGCUUAAUUGUGUCCAAGGCCUCUUAUGAC